UCUCCCACUCUCAUCAGGCCUCUGUCUACCUCUAAAACAAACAAUGGGCAGUCCUCAGAACACCGUCGCGCUCUACAACACACCUCCCUUGGCGUGCCCGAUUUCGAAUUUGGCGAACGAGCUCCUGCUGGCGGUCUUCACAGCUGGGAUCGACCUCGAAUCCGAGUGGAUCUAUGAAGGAUCCGGGUCUUUCCCAGUCCUUGUCAGCCACGUAUGCCAGCUCUGGCGCGCGAUUGCGAUCGAUGCUGCAGAACUCUGGACAACCAUAUGCGUGCAUCUCUUCUCACUCGAGUCUCGUGCCCGUGCUCGCUUAUACGUCUCUCGCGCGCGGUCCAGGGAGAUACAAGUGCAUAUCGACACCAUAGAGGGGAGCAUGUUCGCCUCCAGAGGCCUCACCCGGCACGAGAGCUUUCUCUUGACGGUCCUCAGCCCCCGUCUUGCCGAACUGAAUAUCAGAGGUCGACGGAUGUCAGAAAUCGAUGACAUACUGCGUUGUCUACGCACCAGGGCUCCUUCUUUGCAGCGUCUGGAAUACUACGCCGAGCUCGACAGCCAUGAUCAUCCCUUGGUUGCCGUCGAGCAAUUCGACUACCUCCCUGCUCUGCGGCAUCUGAAGGCGGUCCAUGGAUGUAGUUCGUGCCAUCCGCGAUUGGCAAAGCUCGUACAUCUACACAUCACAGAUCUUUCUGCGGCUGAGCUGGCCGUCGUCAUUCAGGACUGCCCGGCAUUGGAAACGCUUGCCCUUCCCCGUUUCAAGGUCGCCCAAGUGAAGGACCACAGCACAGGGGUCAUUUCUAGCGUUGAGGCGAUUUCUGUGAAGCGCUUUGCGGCGAGCUUCCAGCAGCUGACUCCCGACGCUUCGGUGACGCAUCUGCAUAUGCCCCGCCUACAAUACUUGGAGCUCUAUGAUGAUUGCGGGGAGCACGGGGUUGACCUAGCCAGCGUGUUUCCCAGCGAAGGUUCAUCAUCGGGACCCUUUCCCUGCCUCGUUAGUCUUCAUCUACAGAAACCCUUCGACUUCGAGCACUCCCCCACGAUGCCUUUCCUUCGGUCACUUGGGUCUUUGCGCCAUAUUGCGCUCACAAAUGGAAAUUCCCUUCCAUCCCUUCGGCAUUGGCCAGACCUGCAGAGCCUUCACGUCUCCGGAUCUCUGACCAAAUCGAGCGUGUUCCCCUCGAUGGUGCGCAAAGUUGAAACUGAGGCGACAACCAAAGUCCGGCUCAUCCUUUCCGAUGCUGAUACUUUGGCUGAAAAUAUUCCGCUUCAUCGAACCCCUGGCGGAGGCUAUAGACUCAUCACUGCCGAAGAAGCGGAGCUCGAGGAUCCUGAAGAAGAGGAAUGGAGCGACGAGUACCCCGAUCCAGGCGAUUUCGACGAUGAUCGCUGGGGCGAUGGUGAAGACUGGGGGGAAUUUUGGGGGGAAGACUCGGACACAGAGCAGUUAGGGAAUGACCACACUUCGUUCCUACCAACUCCCAUGUACAGACAUGGACAUAGCGGUGAUGCUGACAACAGCGAUGCAUAUGGCUAUGCUGACUACAACAGCGGUUACGGAUAUGAUUAUGAUUAUGCGUGGUAGUAGUAUACACAUGGCCGUAUUGUGUGUCUGCCUACUACACGCCGCUUGAAGGAUAGGUGGUAAACAAAACAUGCUCGGGUAUUUAUAAUCGUUUCGGUCGUAAACAGCCAGGCAAUCAUUCGUGUAGCUACAUAAAGUGUAUGUAGAGCCAGGUAGCUUUAGUACAUAUAUACGGGAGAGAUACAUGGUACUGUUC